AUGGGUCGUCAAUCGGAAGCAGCGACGUCACCAUGGCGCUCUUCAGAAGGCUUGGUGACCUUUGCGGUCGCGUUUGCAGUGUUCACGGACGGACUGGUGUAUGAUUUAGUCAUACCCUUCCUACCUGAGCUCUUCACAGGUCGAUUAAAGACACGACCAGAAGAUGUUGACAAUUGGGCUGCUCUGUCCCUCGAAUCCUUCGGAAUGGCAUUGCUUAUUACGAACUGGAUUGCUGGAUAUAUCGCCGACGGAAGCGUCUCAAAAAGCCGCCCAUUCCUCGCCGGAAUUGCUAUUAUGCUUAUUGCUACGCUUCUGUUCUUCCUUGCCACUGACCCAUACCUCAUCAUUUUCGCCCGCGCCUUGCAGGGGGCCUCAGAAGCUCUUGUAUGGGUGUCUGGCAUCGCUUUUCUAGUCUCACAGGUAGACGAGGCCAAUCUGGGAGUGUGCAUGGGUUACACAACGUUGGGUGCUACGAUCGGGGAGCUGAUUGGACCUCUACUAGGAGGCUAUCUCUAUGAAAAGCUAGGGCACUGGUCUGUCUUUGGGGUAGUAGAGGUAGUGAUUGCAGCCGACAUUGUGCUUCGACUGUUAGUCAAGGAGAAGGACUCGACGACUCAGCAACACGCCCCUGUGGAUGUUCUGAAAGGCAGUUCUGAAACAGAGCCUCUGUUAGAAGCUGCGGCUGCAGUAUCUCAUGGGACAAUAAGUCGCCCUUUUUCAACGGAUGUUGAGCGCGGGGAGGAAGAUAACCGCACGGCAUGUUAUAAGAUUGGCAACUCUGAAGAUGAAAAUGAUGCCGUGUCUGAGUUGCGCAGUUUGGGAUGGAACUGGCUCUCGAGCGUUGUUGGCGCGGCUGUUGCCUGCAUCGUUCGGUCAGCAUUGGAAGCCACUAUUCCGAUAUAUGUGCUCCGCCAUUUUGGUUGGACUUCAUCCGCUGGCGGAGGCGUCAUGUUUGCUCUCCUUUUCCCCAUGGUAGGCGGCCCACUGGUUGGCAAAUACACGACUUUGAACGGCCCGCGAUGGUUUAGCUCUCUGGCAUCGCUCGCAUGUGGUGUCUUCAUGGUCACACUAGGCUGUCUUACAGGCGAUGAUCCGACGACUCAGGUACUCUUCGUCAUAAACAUAGGGCUCAUUGGACUCUGCAUCUCUUUCGGCACAACGACACAGACGACGGCCAUCUCAGCAGCCGCACAGAGAGCUGAGGCCCUGAGAACACGAAUUCGAUCCAGCGGCGUGGAAUUAAGCUGGCAGUUGAGAAUGCUAACCCCGGGGAUGAUGUUGAGUGGUCUGAGCACAGCGUGGGCUCUGGGGCUUUUCCUUGGUCCUGCUUGUGGAAGUGUUUUCCACUUCAAUACGAACCAAGAGUGGUUGCACCUAUGCUGUUUCUUAGCAAUAAUAUGCGUGGUAACAGGCUUCUAUUGUUCCACCACAUGGAAAAAAUGGCGGUAG